GUUAAAUGAUAUUUUGGUUACUAAUACUCUCAACAUUAGGUAUAAAAUGUUCAAAAGGAUUAUAUGAAUAUAAUAGAAAGUGCUUACCAAUGUGUGGUGAUGAAAUACUCGCAGGAUGGGAAGAGUGUGAUGGAGGAAGUGGGUGUGAACUGAAUUGUUCAUGUGCUUUUGGAUGGAAAAGAGAUAAUAAAGGAGGAUGUGUUCCAUCUUCAAAUGGUUUAAGUGUUGGAUUUAGUUUUGUAAUUGAGCUUGAAAAGGAUGUUAUUUUAAAAGAGAAUUUAUUCCGAUAUGAACUCGAAAAUGAAAUAUGUAAUGCAUAUAAUUAUGAACUUAAAAACAAAAAUACAAAUGUUUCUAUGUCUAGAGAUGUGGUUGUUGUAAAGGCUUUUACUAAAGACCAAAUUAACAACAAAACAAUUGAAGUUAAAUUUAAGUUAACUGGUAACUCAACUGAAAUUCCUAUUUAUGUAAAUUACUUUAAUUAUAUGAUUUCAAGUUAUUCUUCAUUCUGGUAUAGUCAAAAUUCAACAUAUUUAAAAGUUAUUAAUCCUAUUGAACCAGUUCAUAUUUUUUAUCAAGUUGAUCCAUCAGAAUUUAAUGGAAUUACCUCAGUAAUGAUAUUAUUCAUUGUUCUCUCUAUUCUUAUUUUAAUUUAAAAAAGUAGUACCUGUGACACAAAUCUUUAAUUGUUCUUUUUUUAUUUUAAAAAAAGACUUAUUAGAAUAAGUUAAAUAAAUCAUUGUGAAUAAUUGUAAUAGUGUGUUGGUGGCUUAAUUGGUUUUGUUGUUUCAGUUUCAUUUAAUGAAUAUGGUUGGUUGUUAUUUUGGGAUUCUAGUUUAUAGGAAGAAUAUGGAUUAGUUAAUUGUGACUGUUGAAAAGGAAGAUUUUGAGGUGGAAGACUUUGUGAUGGAAGGCUUUGUGAUGAAACACUUUGUGAUGGAAUAUUUUGUGAUGGAAUAUUUUGAGGUGGAAGACUUUGUGGAGGAAGACUUUGUGGAGGAAGACUUUGUGGAGGAAGACUUUGUGGAGGAAGACUUUGUGGAGGAAGACUUUGUGGAGGAAGACUUUGUGGAGGAAGACUUUGUGGAGGAAGACUUUGUGGAGGAAGACUUUGUGGAGGAAGACUUUGUGGAGGAAGACUUUGUGGAGGAAGACUUUGUGGAGGAAGACUUUGUGGAGGAAGACUUUGUGGAGGAAGACUUUGUGGAGGAAGACUUUGUGGAGGAAGACUUUGUGGAGGAAGACUUUGUGGAGGAAGACUUUGUGGAGGAAGAUUUUGUGGAGGAAGGCUUUGAGGUGGAAGGUUUUGGGAAGGAAUAGUUUGAGGUAGAAGCAUUGGUUGAAAUGGGGUUAUUGGUUGUGCAGGAAGAAUUGGUUGGUUGGCAGACAUACGACUCAUUGGGUGUGGUUGUGAAUAUCCAUAUUUUAUAUUUGACGGAGAAACUUGUGGUGGCUCAGAAACAAAAGCUAAUUUGAGUAAUAUUCCAUUUUC